CGAUUAGCUGAUCUUCAAGCUCUGACUAACCAGGUGGCUUUUGCUAAAUGUGUAUCCCAAUGUUUGAAUGUCCCAGCACCCAUUGCUCUCACAUAGUCUUUACCAGUCUGUUGUAUCUCCCCCUCUUUCGCACAUGAAUAACCCUAACUAAACUGCGACACGAACCAAACAGGCUUUAUUCACUUAGCUUGCUUAACUGCAGCACAUUUCACAUUCAUGGAUAACCUGUGCCACAGCGUCCAUAGUCAAGUCCAGCCCUCCAUCCCAAUCCCAUCUCUGUUGCAUCUCUUUCUCGACGGAUUGAGGUGCCAUGGGCCCACCAGUCGAGCUGGGCAAUGGGCUCUGAGGGUGGGAGGGCAGGAGAAUGGCUGAUCAGAUGGCCACCACCAGGCCACCACCCAGCCCUCACUUCAGGCUGUUGCAGGCCUUUCUGGCUGCCUUGGCACUGCGCUGCACCUCUGGGACCGGGGGAUUGGGCACAGCACCUUCUUCUUCCUGGAGGACGUUUUCCAUCUGAGGGACUUUUUUCAUGGCCUCUAUGGAAAGGAAUGCCCCUCGUUUGGGGCACCAGAUGCAAGCGGGCCCUCGGGGCAAUGUGGAAAAGAUUGGAGUGUCCAGGAAGGAGGGAAAAGGAGAAGAUGUGAGUGCAGCUGGGGAGUAACAGAGGCCAUUCAUGGGCAGGGGGAGUGGAUCUGAGCUUUUACCCAGAGCCAUGAGAGACAAUUUUUCAUGUCCAAUGUAGUAUUUUUUGAGAACAAAACCUCAUUUCACUUUUUAGAGUCUCAUUUUCAGAGUCAGAACCCUGACUUGUCGUGAGAUGUCUUACAUUCUUAGGCUUUAAAACCUCACUUUUAGGUUCCAGAUGUUCUCUUUUAUUACAAUCAAAAUGCUUCCUUUUUACGGUGGAAUUGCCUACGUUUAAAUCCAAGGAAAAAUACUGGGAGUCCAAAGCACCGUUUUGGGGGUCAAAAUGUCCAUUUUCAGAGUUGAGAGCCUCAGUGUUUAGAGCUGACUGGUGCAAUCCAAAGCCUCACGUUAUGGGUUGAAACACUGUGAUAAACGAGAGGGAAAUGGAUGUGCUGAACGUUCACCUUGUUUUCCUGUGAUUUCACUUGGUUCCAAAUAGGUGUGGUAGCAGAGCACCGAGUUGUUUCAUGCUCAUCACAAAAACAGCGCUAACCAUCAGACUAGCAAUCCAACGUGUGGUGAGGAGGUCCAAACCAGAGCGGUAUGACGGUGUCAUUAUGCAUGCGGUAUGAUAACGAUGCCUUAUCCAGCUAGAGCCAAGCACAAUGCACACAGAGAUCAUUUGCAUGGCUUCCACAGGAGGACAAAGCCCACCUUACUUCUCCAUCCAGCACCACAUCGUUCUGUAUAAACAAGACCCAUCUUUAAGUUAGCAGAGUUUAUCAGAGAAACAUCCAGGGCCUCGAAACAUUUUGAACCACAACUACAACAACUUGUUCUGCACUGGGAGGCACUGAUGCCUUCUGAUCUCAGUUGCCACGGUCAGCAGGCCACCAGUGGCCGUGUCACAGUAGGGGGUGGAGCAAUGGGAGCCAUGUCACAAAGGAGGGGUUCUGUGACAUGGCCUUGCAGGGGUACAAGACGGGAGGUGGGGUGGACGGGCCCUGCACUCUGGAGUAGCAACCGGAGAGCGAGCGCAAGGAUGAGCUUGCACGUGAGCUUUGCCAAAGAGAAGCCACGCGCCUGCAUUAGGCGGACCAAGUUGCAUUUCUGGGAUGGGAUGCAGCAUGCCUCCCUCAUGCCACACACGGAGGCCAAAGAGCGAAUAGCUAUCUGGGACGCGGUGGCUGUCUACAUCCAAAACCAGCUCCUGCUGCACAAGGGGGUCCGAAUUCCAACUCUUGGCUCCUUUGAUGUUGUCCCCAUCAAGGCCGGUGAUGAGGCUUUGGUUAUGCCAAGGCCUGUGUUUCGCCUGGCCAGGAAUCUUGUACGUGCUCACAACCUUACGGACAAUACAGAGUACCUGCCUGGCCAUAAAGAGUGUGAGCUCGUCCAGUACACCACGGUGGCUGAAGCUGCCUCUGUGUCCUGGGAGGAAGCAGAGAGCUGCAUCCGAGGCACCACAUCCUUCAUGUCUCACUGCCUGAAGAAGGGGGAGAACAUCGCCCUUGUGCUGAAGGACGUGGGAGUGCUGCUCAUUGAAGGCAGCAGGGUGCAAAUGAAAUUUUAUUAUGAUUUCCUAGAGAGGUUGUCUGGGAAGGAGAACCUGGAGGAGGCUGUUUUCAAGAUCCCCUGGCUGAUGGACAUGAUUGUAUCCCCAGUGGCAGCCAUGGCCUCUCUGACAUUCUCAGGACGUGUGAUCAUCUUUCCUGAAUGUGUGAUGGAGACUAUGCCCAAACCACCGCCCAGGAAAUCCAUCAAGAAAUCAGAAAAAGAGAGUUUGCCACCUCUGGGCCAGGGAGAGAAAGAUAUUACAGAAAAUGGAGUCCUGCAGCUCCAGAAAACGAUGGAGAGGAGGAAGGCUCUGUUCAGUCAUCUGCCAGAGGUGCCAGGGGCAUCUUCUACCAAAAAGCAGCCUGGUUCCAGAAAAAUCCACGCUGCAAAACCUCAGAAGUUCAGAGAAGGAAGAGGAAAGAAGACAGCUCCCCAUGACGGUGGAUGGUCUGGAACAGACACAGCAGUGCCUUCAUACCAGUGCGGAGCCCCGAUUCUGAGCCCUGAGCACAACUACAACGUGUUCAGAGAGCAACCACCAAGAGUGCAGACAUCACAGUUAUUGAACUCGAGGCCUGAGAAGUUCUGGUCCAUGCUGCAACAACCGCAGAAGACCAUAUUGUCAGGAUACAACUUCAACACCUCCUGUCUGUGUCCAUUCCCAUAUGAGGCAUCCAGCUCAAUGCAGUGCCGCCCACCCAGAGCAGGGCUUCCCAACCUGGGGAGGCCCAGGCCACUGUGAUCAGGGCUUCGGGUGGCCAGAGUGCAGGCAGCAAAUCAGGUGUGUGAUUCCCAUUGGGGUCAUUCUGGAAUGCCAUCUCUUUGUAUGAAAGCAGAGUAAUAGAGACAGUGGGGUCACUUUAAUGACCCUUUAGUUCUGACUGAUGCCAAUUACUUCUUUUCCAGUGUUGUGUUCUCUUGUCACACCCAACACAUCGAGGCCCAUGACUUGGCAGCAUUUGGAAGACCUAGAUAAGCAUGAGGCGGCUCUGGGCCAGAGAGGAGAAUGUUUCUUGCCAGCUCAUUGCUCCUUCAGAUCCCUGGUGGGAAGGGAAAGGCUUUUUGCGUGGGCCUGGCAUAGCUUAGGAGCAAAACACUGCUGCUGGAUGUGUUGUAGGCAAGGGGUAAAGAGGGGUAGAAAACCGGCUGCUUUCCCCUCGGUGUCCUGACCUGAAGCCACCCCCAGGGUCUGCAUGUGGGCAAAGAGCUCCCAAAACCUGCACUCUUGUUUGAGAAGACCUUCUCUUCUUGUACCAAAAUCCAUCUUCAGAACACACGGAAACGGAGGAAAAAGAAUAAAACCAAUGUCUUGCAGAAGAUGGUGGAGUUUUCAUUUGUUCCCAGUGCUCUUUCUUGGGAACGGGGACGGAGCGUUUCACAGUUGGGCUGUGGCUCUGAAAUGAGCCACAUCCACAGCCAGACAGGCUGGCAUUGGCCCUGUGGGCUAAAGCCAAAGCCUGAGAGGCCGGCACCGGCCCCGAGGUCUAAAACCUCAGCCAGAGAGACUGGCACUGGCACUGGGGCCUGAAGCCAGAGCCACAGCCACAGCCUGAGAGGCCAGCACCAGCUUCAGGCCUAAAUCCACAGCCACAG